GCGCGGCGGCGGGGGGCGCACGGGGCGAGGGCGCGGAGGCUGCAGAGUCGGGGGUCUAGUGCCGUCGCCGUAGAGACGGUUGCCGAAGAAACCGCCUCGGGAGGCUGGUGGCGCUGGAAGCCCCUCUCUCGCGCCGCUGCGACCCCCACCGCCGGGUCUGCGCAAGCGCAGGACUCGCCCGGCCCAGCCCUCGGCCUCUGCGGGAGACCCUCGGACCCCUCCUCACUGCGCUGACGCCGAGGCUGCGCCUGCUGGGGCGGCGGGGGCGGCGGGGGCGGCUGCGGGGGCAUCCUGCGGAAGCUCGGCCCUGCGCAGGGUGGGGGCCUGGACCACGCCCUGCACCUCUUUGGGCCUCAGUUUCCCCUUCUGGGCGCGAGCGUAUGGCCUGCUUUGACGUUCGCCGCCGCUGCUGUUCGUAUCCGUCCGCUCACGACCCCAGCGCUCCUCUAGCCUCCGGAAUCGUCUGAAUCUCGCGGCUGUGACAUCCCUCAUUGAAGGGGAAACUGAGGCUGGGGGGUGCAGCGGGGAGCCCAAGGUCACGCCUGGAGCAGGGCCGGAGCCUCGUUGCGGAGCGUAGGCGCCCGCAACAGAACGCGGGGCGGGGGCCGGGGAGCUGUCCGCGGUGCUGACGGAGACGCACGUUUGCCGACUCGCCGCCGGGGAAACUGAGGCCCGUAGCGGCGGUCACGCUUCAGCGCGCGGCCUGGACUGGCCUACCCGACCCCUCCCCCACCUCCAGUGGCCUCCUCACCGGUCAGGGCCCUGCCCGGCCACCCAGCCCGCGGCGGGCCCGUCUCUAUCCUCCAACGAUGACUUGGUGCCUUCUCCGUCCCCACCCAGCUCCCAAUGGGGGCCGCCCCUGUUUCUGCUUGUAGCCCCUGGCACAGAGGAGGCAUCAAGGGGGCGAGGACAGCUCGAGGUCAGACUCAGAAGGCUCAAAGACACUCCAAGAGUGAGCCCUGUGCCAGGCUGCGGACUUGCGGGGGGGUGUCACAGGACAGGGGUGGGGGAGUGAGCAUUUGAUGGAACUUCCACUUUGGCCUAGCAGCAGUAGGGGGCGUGGAGGAUCCCAGGGAGGAGCCUGUGUUGGGGUCUUGGGCUAGGCCCUGCUUUCUGCAAUGGGAGAAGGGGGAGGCCUCUCUCAGCCUCCUGAGGUCCUAGGGGACUGUGGGGGGUUCUUGUGGCUCUAAAAUGUCUAGUGAUGUCUGAGUGUGACUGUGGUUCAAGGAUUUACAGGGUCAAGGAUUUUAGUGUGGGGGGGGGGGAUUCGGGGACAACCUUUUGGAGAUUUGGGGCCAAGGGCAUCUUGUCUUGGGGUCUCAGCUCGCAUGUACCCUCAACCCUCCAGGCCCUGGCCACCCCCAGAGGGAUAAGGAGGGAGGCUCAAUGUCACUCUGGAGGCUUGGCUGGCACAGGUGAACUCAGGCAACGUGUUCCCUGGCCUAGGCCUCAGUUUCCCCAUGUAUACAAGAACAGGACUGACCUUGGAUCCCCCAAACCCGUGCCUGACAGGGGUCUGGGGAGCUGAUACAUCUGAAACUAAACAGGAGGUGGGACUUAGUUCCUCUUUGGGGAGAGGCAGGGAUGAUCCAACCCACCCUCCAGUAAACGAGACUGGAAACUGAGACCAGAAUGAGACAUGCCCAGGGUGACACAGGGACUUCAAGGCUGAGCUGAAGCCAGGGCCCUGGGCUCUGCAUCCCCCACCGCAUUCCAGCCUCACCCAGCUCUGCCCUGGCUUGACCUGGUCAAGCCCCACCACGUACCCUACCCCAUGGCUCCACCAGACACCCCCUGUGUCCCAAGCAGUCAUUGAUCUUCCCUCAGCCUGGAACGCCUCUCCUGAUCACUGCUGUUCACUUCUCAGGACAACCUUCCAGCCUCCAGAAAAAAAAAUCCCCUCUGAGGCAGGCAGAUCAUGAGGUCAGGAGUUUGAGACCAGCCUGACCAACAUGGUGAAACCCCAUCUCUAUUAAAAAUACAAAAAUUAGCUGGCAUGGUGGCGCGUGCCUGUAAUGCCAGCUACUGAGGAGGCUGAGGCAGGAGAAUCACUUGAACCCAGGAGGCGGAGGUUGCAGUGAGCUGAGAUCGCACCACUGCACUGCAGCCUGGGGGACAGAGCUAGACUCCAUCUAAAGAAAAAAAAAAAAAAAAAGAAAGAAAAAAGAAAAGAUCCCCUGUGUCUGCCCACUGCAUUCCCUCCCCAGACCCAACCAGUAGGGACAGCUGCGUCCAGGUCUGGGGGCUCCUAGACAGCCAGGCCUAAGUGCUCUCAGCCCCUGGCAGUGCUGGCCCAGGACAGGGCCCUCGGGUCUCCAGCUCAAGGCCCAACAGGAAACAGCACGGGUCCUCCCGUGCCUUUGUUCUGCGGGGCAUUGAACGCUCAGACCUUCCCACCCUCUCCUGUCAUUCCCUGCACCAGCCCUUGCAGAAUCUUCCGCCUCCUCCCCAUUUUACAGAGGAGGAAACUGAGGGUUGAGCGGCGAAUGAUUUGCCCUGGCUGCUCAGCCCGGAAAAAAACCACUUCUGGCCCCGGCCGCCUCCCUUUCUGUGCUGUGAGCCUGUGUCCAGAGCAGGAAUGGCUGCUCCCAGCUGCAGGUGCGGGCUCUGUGUGUUAAACCUUCAAAUGGCCUCCAGGGACCCAUGGAGGAUCCAGGACACCUGGAGAUGGGGACUCCUGCGACCCCUGGCCCUUCCCUCCUCUGGCCUUCGGUCCAUGAGGGUGAAUUAAGGAGUGCGACCGACCAGGGCAGAGACAUAUGGUGACAGAGAUUGAGAGACAGAGAACAGAGGGGGAGACAGAAAGAGAGAGGGACAUGGGGAGCACCAGAGUUACAGGAGGACCUGACGCUCUGCUGGGGAGACAGGGAGAAAUGUGGGGAGAUGCAGGGUCCCAAGUGCUCCCCAGUAGCCCUGCCCCUCCUCCCCUCUCCCCUCCCCACCAGGCAGGACCCUCAGGGAGCUCCAGCCCGGACCCGAACCCUGUCCCAUCCUGGUGCAUCUGCACCAGGCCAGGCUGGACCUGUGGGGUGGGGGCAGGCCUGGCCCCAGCCCGGCCACUGCCCUGGAAACCCCUCCUCCGCUAAGAUGCUGAUGUAACAUCCAGGAUUUGACGUUUUACUCUCCAAUUGUGCAAAUCCAGACGCAGGAGGUUUUAAGAGGCCGUUGCACCCUGCAAUAAAGUGGGGGACACAGGACUCUUGGUCCUUGGGGUACCCCCUUCCCUCGGGGGUUUCGCCCCCCGCACACACAGCCCCUGAGCCCGCGCGGAGGCCCGACGCCCCGCGGCUGCCACCCGUCUCCGCCCCGGGCCGCCAUUGGCUGUUGCCAUGGCACCAGCCCGUCUUCCCGCGCCUUCAUUGGCUGUCUCGUCCGCAUCCCGCAUCCCGCAUCCUCCCCCGCUCGCGGUGGUCUCUCCCAGCGCUAGGAGCGGCGGCGCCGCCUGCCCAGGCCCGGACCGGGCUUUGUCCGCCCUGGAGCCCCUGCCUGCUCUGCGGAGACCCUGGAGCCGGCGCUCCGAGGCCACCCCGGGCCGGGAUUUCCCGUGGGGCCCGCGGAGCUGCGCAGAGGGAGGAGGCCCCGGGCCCGGGCGCCCCGCCAGCCCAGCUGCAAGUAAGCAGACGCUGCAGGAGCUGAAGAUGGCGAGCUCCGUGGCACCCUACGAGCAGCUGGUGCGGCAGGUGGAAGCCUUGAAGGCCGAGAACAGCCACCUGAGGCAGGAGCUACGGGACAACUCCAGCCACCUGUCCAAGCUGGAGACAGAGACGUCAGGCAUGAAGGAGGUCCUGAAGCACCUACAGGGAAAACUGGAGCAGGAGGCCCGAGUGCUGGUGUCCUCGGGGCAGACGGAGGUGCUGGAGCAGUUGAAGGCCCUGCAGAUGGACAUCACCAGCCUGUACAACCUCAAGUUCCAGCCGCCCGCCCUGGGCCCGGAACCUGCCUCCCGGACCCCCGAGGGCAGCCCGGUACACGGCUCCGGGCCUUCCAAGGACAGCUUUGGGGAGCUGAGCCGGGCCACCAUCCGGCUGCUGGAGGAACUGGACCGGGAACGGUGUUUCCUGCUGAAUGAGAUUGAGAAGGAGGAGAAGGAGAAGCUCUGGUACUACUCGCAGCUGCAGGGCCUGUCCAAGCGCCUGGACGAGCUGCCGCACGUGGAGACGCAGUUCUCAAUGCAGAUGGACCUGAUCCGGCAGCAACUUGAGUUCGAGGCCCAGCACAUCCGCUCGCUGAUGGAGGAGCGCUUCGGCACCUCGGACGAGAUGGUGCAGCGGGCACAGAUCCGCGCCUCGCGGCUGGAGCAGAUUGACAAGGAGCUGCUGGAGGCGCAGGACCGAGUGCAGCAGACAGAGCCCCAGGCCUUGCUGGCGGUGAAGUCUGUGCCGGUGGACGAGGACCCGGAGACAGAGGUCCCCACACACCCUGAGGAUGGCACCCCUCAACCGGGCAACAGCAAGGUGGAGGUGGUCUUCUGGCUGUUGUCCAUGUUGGCGACGCGCGACCAGGAGGAUACGGCGCGCACGCUACUGGCCAUGUCAAGCUCGCCCGAGAGCUGCGUGGCCAUGCGCCGCUCGGGCUGUCUGCCACUGCUGCUGCAAAUCCUCCACGGCACUGAGGCGGCGGCCGGGGGUCGCGCCGGGGCCCCAGGAGCACCGGGCGCCAAAGACGCACGCAUGCGCGCCAAUGCGGCGCUGCACAACAUCGUCUUCUCGCAGCCGGACCAGGGCCUGGCGCGCAAGGAGAUGCGCGUCCUGCACGUGCUGGAGCAGAUCCGUGCCUACUGCGAGACCUGCUGGGACUGGCUGCAGGCCCGAGACGGCGCGCCUGAGGGAGGCGGCGCCAGCGGCGCCCCGGUCCCCAUCGAGCCACAGAUCUGCCAGGCCACCUGUGCGGUUAUGAAGCUGUCCUUUGACGAGGAGUACCGCCGUGCCAUGAACGAGCUGGGCGGGCUGCAGGCCGUGGCAGAGCUGCUGCAGGUUGACUAUGAGAUGCACAAGAUGACCCGGGACCCACUGAACCUGGCGCUGCGCCGCUACGCGGGCAUGACCCUCACCAACCUCACCUUUGGGGACGUUGCCAACAAGGCCACCCUGUGUGCGCGCCGGGGCUGCAUGGAGGCCAUCGUGGCCCAGCUGGCCUCGGACAGUGAGGAGCUCCACCAGGUGGUGUCCAGCAUCCUUCGGAACUUGUCCUGGAGGGCCGACAUCAACAGCAAGAAGGUGCUGAGGGAGGCAGGCAGCGUGACAGCCCUGGUGCAGUGUGUCCUGCGGGCCACCAAGGAGUCCACCCUCAAGAGUGUGCUGAGUGCCCUGUGGAAUCUGUCUGCACACAGCACGGAGAACAAAGCGGCCAUCUGCCAGGUGGACGGCGCCCUGGGCUUCCUGGUGAGCACCCUGACCUACAAGUGCCAGAGCAACUCGCUGGCCAUCAUCGAGAGCGGCGGCGGCAUCCUCCGCAACGUGUCCAGCCUCAUCGCCACCCGUGAGGACUACAGGCAGGUGCUCCGGGAUCACAACUGUCUGCAGACGCUGUUGCAGCAUCUGACCUCGCACAGCCUGACGAUCGUGAGCAACGCAUGCGGCACACUCUGGAACCUAUCAGCCCGCAGCGCGCGAGACCAGGAGCUGCUGUGGGACCUGGGCGCCGUGGGCAUGCUGCGCAAUCUGGUGCACUCCAAACACAAGAUGAUCGCCAUGGGCAGCGCCGCCGCCCUGCGCAACCUGCUGGCCCACCGACCUGCCAAGCACCAGGCGGCCGCCACCGCCGUGUCCCCAGGCAGCUGCGUGCCCAGCCUGUAUGUGCGCAAGCAGCGGGCGCUGGAGGCCGAGCUGGACGCACGGCACCUGGCGCAGGCGCUGGAGCACCUGGAGAAGCACCGCCCGCCGGCAGCUGAGGCCACCACCAAGAAGCCGCUGCCGCCCCUGCGACACCUGGACGGCCUGGCCCAAGACUAUGCUUCCGAUUCUGGCUGCUUUGACGACGACGAUGCACCGUCAUCCCUGGCCGCGGCCGCGGCCACCGGGGAGCCAGCCAGCCCUGCCGCGUUGUCCCUCUUCCUGGGCAGCCCCUUCCUGCAGGGGCAGGCGCUGGCCCGCACCCCGCCCACCCGCCGAGGCGGCAAGGAGGCAGAGAAGGACGCCAGUGGGGAGGCGGCCGUGGCGGCCAAGGCCAAGGCCAAGCUGGCGCUUGCAGUGGCGCGCAUCGACCAGCUGGUGGAGGACAUCUCCGCCCUGCAUACCUCGUCCGACGAUAGCUUCAGCCUCAGCUCUGGAGACCCGGGGCAGGAGGCGCCACGGGAGGGCCGAGCCCAGUCCUGCUCCCCAUGCCGCGGCCCAGAAGGCGGGCGGCGAGAGGCAGGAAGCCGGGCGCACCCGCUGCUGCGGCUCAAGGCGGCCCACGCCAGCCUCUCCAACGACAGCCUCAACAGUGGCAGUGCCAGCGAUGGGUACUGCCCACGCGAACACAUGCUGCCCUGCCCGCUGGCCGCACUGGCUUCGCGCCGCGAGGACCCCAGGUGUGGGCAGCCUCGGCCCAGCCGGCUUGACCUUGACCUGCCAGGCAGCCAGGCCGAGCCGCCUGCCCGUGAAGCCACAUCCGCCGACGCCCGCGUGCGUACCAUCAAGCUGUCACCUACCUACCAGCACGUGCCACUGCUCGAGGGUGCCUCAAGGGCAGGUGCAGAGCCCCUCGCGGGGCCUGGAACCUCUCCAGGGGCCCGGAAGCAGGCCUGGCUGCCAGCAGACCACCUGAGCAAAGUUCCUGAGAAGCUAGCAGCCGCCCCGCUGUCCGUGGCCAGCAAGGCACUGCAGAAGCUGGUGGCGCAGGAGGGACCGCUCUCGUUGUCCCGAUGCAGCUCCCUUUCCUCACUGUCCUCUGCCGGCCGCCCAGGCCCCAGCGAGGGCGGUGACCUGGAUGACACUGACUCCUCUCUGGAGGGGCUGGAGGAGGCGGGCCCCGGCGAGGCUGAGCUGGACAGCGUGUGGCGCGCACCAGGGGCCACCUCGCUGCCCGUAGCCAUUCCGGCUCCCCGGCGCAACCGAGGCCGGGGCCUGGGGGUGGAGGACGCCACGCCGUCCAGCUCUUCAGAGAACUACGUGCAGGAGACACCGCUGGUGCUGAGCCGCUGCAGCUCUGUGAGCUCGCUGGGUAGCUUCGAGAGCCCGUCCAUUGCCAGCUCCAUCCCCAGUGACCCUUGCAGCGGGCAGGGCAGCGGCACCAUCAGCCCUAGCGAACUGCCCGACAGCCCCGGGCAGACCAUGCCUCCCAGCCGGAGCAAGACGCCGCCGCUAGCGCCUGCGCCACAGGGUCCCCCCGAGGCCAGCCAGUUCAGCCUGCAGUGGGAGAGCUACGUGAAGCGCUUCCUGGACAUCGCCGACUGCCGAGAGCGCUGCCGGCUGCCGUCUGAGCUGGACGCAGGCAGCGUGCGCUUCACCGUGGAGAAGCCGGAUGAGAACUUCUCGUGCGCCUCGAGCCUCAGCGCGCUGGCUUUGCACGAGCACUACGUGCAGCAGGACGUGGAGCUGCGGCUGCUGCCCUCGGCCUGCCCAGAGCGCGGCGGGGGCACAGGGGGCGCCGGCCUCCACUUUGCAGGGCACCGGCGACGGGAGGAGGGGCCAGCGCCCACGGGUUCUCGCCCCCGCGGUGCCGCGGACCAGGAGUUGGAGCUGCUGCGGGAGUGCCUGGGGGCCGCCGUGCCUGCCAGGCUGCGCAAGGUGGCCUCGGCGCUGGUGCCAGGUCGCCGCGCGCUCCCCGUGCCCGUCUACAUGUUGGUGCCCGCCCCUGCCCCUGCCCAGGAGGACGACUCCUGCACUGACUCCGCGGAGGGCACGCCAGUCAACUUCUCCAGCGCCGCCUCCCUCAGCGACGAGACACUGCAGGGACCCCCCAGGGACCAGCCCGGGGGACCAGACGGCAGGCAAAGACCCACCGGCCGCCCCACCUCUGCCAGGCAGACUGUGGGGCACCGGCACAAGGCGGGAGGCGCCGGCCGCAGCGUGGAGCAGGCUCGGGGCACCGGCAAGAACCGAGCAGGGCUGGAGCUACCCCUGGGCCGGCCCCCGAGCGCCCCCGCAGACAAGGACGACUCGAAGCCCAGCCGGACCCGUGGGGAUGGAGCGCUCCAGUCGCUGUGCCUCACAACACCCACCGAGGAGGCCGUGUACUGCUUCUACGGCAACGACUCGGACGAGGAGCCCCCGGCAGCUGCGCCCACGCCCACCCACCGGCGCACAUCGGCCAUCCCCCGCGCUCUUACCCGCGAGCGCCUGCAGGGUCGGAAGGAGGCCCCUGCCCCGUCCAAGGCCGCACCAUCCGCCCCGCCGCCCGCCCGGGCCCAGCCUAGCCUCAUUGCUGACGAGACCCCGCCGUGCUACUCCCUGAGCUCCUCCGCCAGCUCCCUCAGCGAGCCCGAGCCCCCGGAGCCGCCCUCCGUCAGUCCACGAGGCCGGGAGCCCGCGGUCACCAAGGACCCGGGCCCGGGAGGCGGACGCGACAGCUCGCCCAGCCCGCGGGCCGCGGAGGAGCUUCUGCAGCGGUGCAUCAGCUCGGCCCUGCCCAGGCGCCGGCCCCCCGUGUCCGGCUUGCGGCGCCGCAAGCCCCGAGCCACCCGGCUGGAUGAGCGGCCUGCGGAGGGGUCCCGGGAGCACGGCGAGGAGGCAGCGGGCUCGGACCGGGCCUCUGACCUGGACAGCGUGGAGUGGCGCGCCAUCCAGGAGGGCGCCAACUCCAUCGUCACGUGGCUGCACCAGGCAGCAGCUGCCACGCGCGAGGCCUCAUCCGAGUCCGACUCCAUCCUGUCCUUUGUAUCCGGGCUGUCAGUGGGGUCUACCCUACAGCCCCCCAAACACAGGAAGGGACGACAGGCGGGGGGCGAAAUGGGCAGUGCCCGGCGGCCAGAGAAACGGGGCGCAGCCUCAGCCAAGACCAGCGGGAGCCCCCGUUCCCCUGCAGGCCCGGAGAAGUCACGUGGCACACAGAAGACCACGCCCGGGGUGCCAGCUGUGCUCCGGGGACGAACAGUGAUCUAUGUGCCCAGUCCGGCACCUCGUGCCCAGCCCAAAGGGACCCCCGGCCCCCGCGUCACACCGCGGAAGGUGGUGCCCCCUUGCCUGGCACAGUCCGCAGCUCCAGCCAAAGUCCCCAGCCCCGGACAGCAGCGGUCGCGGAGCCUACACCGGCCUGGCAAGACCUCGGAGCUGGCGACGCUGAGCCAGCCCCCCAGGAGCGCUACACCGCCCGCCCGCCUCGCCAAGACCCCCUCCUCCAGCUCCUCCCAGACCUCGCCUGCCUCCCAGCCCCUGCCCAGAAAGCGCCCCCUGGUCACCCAGGCUGCAGGGCCCCUGCCCGGCCCCGGGGCCUCCCCAGUGCCCAAGACGCCGGCGCGCACCCUUCUGGCGAAGCAGCACAAGACGCAGAGGUCACCCGUGCGUAUCCCGUUCAUGCAGAAGCCGGCCCGGCGGGGGCCGCCCCCGCUGGCUCGGGCAGUCCCGGAGCCAGGCCCCAGGGGCCGGGCGGGGACCGAGGCUGGCCCGGGGGCCCGCGGUGGCCGCCUGGGCCUGGUGCGCGUGGCCUCGGCCCUCUCCAGCGGCAGCGAGUCCUCCGACCGCUCAGGCUUCCGGCGACAGCUGACCUUCAUCAAGGAGUCACCGGGCUUGCGGCGCCGCCGCUCCGAGCUAUCCUCGGCCGAGUCUGCGGCCUCUGCCCCCCAGGGCACCUCGCCCCGCCGCGGCCGGCCCGCGCUGCCCGCCGUCUUCCUCUGCUCCUCGCGCUGCGAAGAGCUCCGAGCGGCACCCCGGCAGGCCCCGGCCCGGCAGCGGCCCCCCGCGGCCCGACCUGGCCCCGGCGAGCGCCCUGCCCGGCGCACCAGCUCCGAGAGCCCGUCCCGCCUGCCCGUGCGCGCGCCUGCCGCCCGGCCCGAGACCGUGAAGCGCUACGCGUCGCUGCCGCACAUCAGCGUGGCCCGCAGACCCGACGGCGCCGUCCCGGCUGCCCCAGCCCCAGCCGACGCCGCGCGCCGCAGCAGCGACGGAGAGCCCCGGUCCCUCCCCAGGGUGGCUGCGCCGGGCACGACGUGGCGGCGCAUCCGGGACGAGGAUGUGCCCCACAUCCUGCGCAGCACGCUGCCCGCCACGGCCCUGCCACUGCGGGGCUCCACGCCCGAGGACGCCCCGGCCGGGCCCCCGCCGCGCAAGACCAGCGACGCCGUGGUCCAGACCGAGGAGGUCGCCGCCCCCAAGACCAACUCCAGCACGUCCCCGAGCCUGGAGAGCAGGGAGCCCCCCGGGGCCCCCGCUGGCGGCCAGCUCUCCCUCCUUGGCAGCGACGUGGACGGGCCUAGCCUCGCCAAGGCUCCCAUCUCCGCACCCUUCGUGCACGAGGGCCUGGGGAUCGCCGUAGGGGGCUUCCCCGCCAGCCGGCACGGCUCCCCCAGCCGCUCAGCCCGAGUACCCCCCUUCAACUAUGUGCCCAGCCCCAUGGUGGUCGCAGCCACCACCGACUCGGCCGCGGAGAAAGCCCCGGCCACCUCCUCCGCCACCCUCCUGGAAUAGUGGCCUAGGCCGGCCUUCUGGAACUUUCUCUCCCGGCCUUGCGGCCGGGUCUGGCUGCCCCAUGGGCCUGCGCUGUAGAUGUUCCCCGUAGGUCGCCCCAGGGCCUCUGCCCACCUGAGCCCCACCACCCUCAGAGCCCCCGCUCAGUGCACUGCGGCCUUGCGCCUCACCGGAAGACCUUGCCUCUGUAUCGCGGGGGUCCAGGAGGAAACGGGGCGGCCGCUGGGCCUCAAGUCCCGGCCGUGGAGCGCUGGUAAGGGCGCCCGGGCCCAGCGCUGAGCGCGCGGCCCUUCCCCUGUCGGGAGCCGUUGCCUGACCCCGGGCGAGGGAGGCGGCAGCCUUCGGGUCCGGGUCUGGGUCCGCUGCUUCGCAGGGGCAGCGCUGGGGAGGUGACGGCGCCCGCCGCAGGUGGGGCGAGGCUCGCGGAGGGCGGCGCCACGGCGGGCCUGCCAGCUGGGGGCCUCCGCAGCGCGGAGGGGCGAAACCUGUAAUCACGGCAGCCGCGGGUAAUUCGCUAAUGAGGGCUUUGCAGGGUUUGUUUUCAUUCUCAGCCCCAGCUGUGGGAGUGCGAGGUGGGGGUGUGGCCGAUCCCCGGCAGGAAGCCCCGCCCCGACGGUGUUCAGGGAACCCGGAGCCCAAGCGCCCGGCGGAGCCCAAAAGGGUGGGGGUGGGAGGGGCAGGGGCCAACGGAUCCCCCUGCCUGCUGCACCCCUUGGCGGAAGACUGGAAGGCAGCGGGCUGCGCACGAUGGGACCCUGGUGCAGACGCCGGGUCGGCUGACAUUUGGACCCCAGCCCAGAGAUGCUGGCUACCAGCUGGGGCGACCCCAAGGGUCGGUGGAGUCAGGAUCGGCCCGGCCCAGCCGCGGCAGGCGAGGUCAAUGGAAAGAAGACUGAGGGGAGUCCCGGCCGUGAGCCCGAGGCCCUGGGACCUGGAGGCCGCGCUGGUCUCUCCCCAGCGGAGCCUGCACGUUAGGGAGACCAUCACAUGUGGGCGUGGUCAGUGCCCAGGACUGCACUGCUGCUGAUCUUGUCCCUUUUCAAUUCCCUUCUGGUUCAUGAUGCAUAAAGUGCUAGACCCUAGGACUCCAGAGACAGCACAGCUGGGGCGGGGACGGCAGGGACCCAGCCUUGCCUUCCACUCGGGGCUCUGGGACAAGGCCGGAGGUCCGGGAGGCGAACACAGGGCUGGGGAGUACUUAGUGCCAGAUGAGGUGAAAGCUGACAGAGGGGCCUGGGGGGCUUGGCUGCCUCAUCCCCUGGCCGGGGAGGAUGGGAGCUGGGUCUCCUGCGUGGGGUGGGACUCGCAGGGGCCAGGGCUCUGGGACUGGGGCAACGCCUCAUCCUGCAGAGAGAGCCGACGACCUCUUUUCUGCAGAAUCCCAGCUCGGGCAGGUGCUGCCUUCACACACGAAUCUGCCCAGGCCGAGGGGGCACACUCACUGCCCAAGGUGCCUUCUCGGGGAGGAGGGAAGCGGGGUUUGAGGGUUGGGUGGGUGGAGCUCAGAAGGAAACCCCAGCCCCAUCACGGAUACCACCAUCCCUCCCGUCCUGUCCCCAGCAUGUGCAAGGCCAGCCUUUCUGGCAGAAGGAGCUGUCCUCAACUCAGGGUCACUGUGAGAGAAGCUGACCCCAGCCCCCACCCCCAGUUAACGCUGCUGCUUCUCUGAAUGCAUGUCAUGUUGCACCCCAUGCUCUGGGCCCGCGCCCUGCAGGAUGAGGAACUCCGGGGAGGGCGUCUCGUGCUGGAGGUGCCCAAUGCUCCCUCCUAGGACCUCGCAGCCAGGCGAGGCUGUCAGGCUGUUUUGGGGGGAAGUGGGGGUCAUGGGUGGCUGAGCAGAGCGCGGGGAGUAUGCAGGCUGAGUGGGGCGACCUCCUGCCUGCCAGGAGCCCCCUUUCAGGACCCAGCGGGGAUCUCACACUUGCUGUCCCCAUCCAUGGCCUGAGGGGGAGCCUGGUGGUCUCUUCCGGGCUUCUGGACUUGGGGAUGCCAAACACGUGCUCACCCUCAUGCUUGCCCUGGCCAGCUGCACCUCUCAUCGUCAAGGGGUAGGGCACAGACAGCCACUAGGUCGCUGGUGACAGGGCCAGGGUUGUGCAAGGAGGUGCAGCACUGCCUUCCACACACGGUAAGGCUCUGGGCGGUGCUCUCCCGGCUCCCUGCCUCUGUUUCCCCAUGUGGGCCGUGGGGAACUCCCAGAGCUACCUCUGGGGGGAGCACGGUGGCAGCGAUGAUGGGGAGACACCUGGUGCUGCUCACAGAACUUGGGUCUGGCCGGCCUCUGCCCGUGCCGCCUUGCCCAGCAGCAGCGAGUGCAAUCUGGCCACCGGCCCCGCCCGCCACCCCGAGUCCUGAGCUCACUUUCGCCUUCUCCAUCCCCUGCCGCGGGGGCCACAGCCACACCUCACUGCCCAGUCCAGCUGUCUCCAGGAGAGGACAGGCAGUUGGUGGCCUCUGGACAAUUGACUCAAGGUAUGCCCACCGCGGCCCCUGCCUGGCCACCGGCCUCUCUGCACCAGGGUGACAAGGGGUCGUCUGCCCCGACACUCCAGGGCCAGAGUCCUAAGGAACUGAGGGUCUGAGGACGCAGGGAGGGUGGCAGUGUCCUGAGGCUGAUGGACGGUGACCGCCACUGGCCCCCAACACCACCACACGUGGGUGCUGAACUCGGGCUGCCGUGCCCACCGGCGUGGUCGUCCCGAGCUCUGACAGCAUUACCUCACCCCGCCCCAUCUGUUGCCCCAGUCCAGCCUCGACGAUGCACGCCUGGUCUGUCUCGGAUUCCCCUAGCUGCCACCCCACGUUUCUGUACCGGGUCUCUGAGUGUUAAACGAAUGUGUAAAUAGUAACAGCCUGUCCUCCCCUAAAUGUAAAGCCAUCUGUCCAGCGUAAGGACACCAUCAGCUGUCCGACUCCCGCGCACAUUUAAUAAACUGAGCUGUUG